CAUGCUUUAUACUUUCACAGACGUAAUUUGAUAAGAAAAAAGAAUUAAUUUUGGGAAAAUUUUUGUAAUUUCAUAAAAAUUGUUUUUGAUUUAAAUUGUAUUUUUUACUUUGAAACAUCAAGAUGAGAACUGAACAAAUUCUCAAUCCAGAAAAAUAUGGACGGGGACUCAAGGGCAUUUUCCGACAAGCUAUGCAUGAAAUGCCAUUGAUUACAAUAUGUUCACCGUUCUGCAUUCUCGGCUUAGGGCUGAUUACGUACCAUACUUAUAGACAUGAAAAAAAUGACGGAAACAACAAGAAAUAUAAAUUAAAAUAUACCCUUUACCGACCAGAUGAUCCCAGAGUACCACACAUCAAGAAUUGAAAAUUAAAAAUUAGAAUUAUUAAUAUAAUAUUGUAUGUUGUUGAAAUAAUAGGUAUUAGAAAUAAAAAACAAUAAAAUUAAAAACAAAUUCUUCUAAUAUUUAUGAGAAAAAAAUUAUGUAUAAUUAUAAAUACAAUGCAUAUUAAUUAUUAA